CCUCGGGCUGGGCACCGCCCGGGGAAGAUGGCUGCCCAUCACCGUGGCCAUUCGACAUGCCCACCCAGGGCCAGCUGCUCUCCGGGCCCGGUGUGGGGAUGAUGGCCCGGCCCGCCGCCACCGAUGAGGGGGCCACGUUCGAGAACCUCUGGAGCUGCCUGGAGCCAGACAGCACCUACUUUGACCUUCCCCAGUCGGGCCGGGCGAGGAGUGAGGAGGCGGGCGGUGUGGAGGCCAGCAUGGAUGUCUUCCACCUGCCGGGCAUGGCCGACCCGUCUGCCAUGGCCCAGUUCAAUCUGCUGAGCAGCACCAUGGACCAGAUGGGCAGCCGGGCGGCCUCGGCCAGCCCCUACACCCCGGAGCACGCGGCCAGCGUGCCCACUCACUCGCCGUACGCACAGCCCAGCUCCACCUUCGACGCCAUGUCGCCCGCCCCGGUCAUCCCCUCCAACGCCGACUACCCCGGCCCCCACCACUUCGACGUCACCUUCCAGCAGUCCAGCACCGCCAAGUCGGCCACCUGGACGUACUCCCCGCUGCUGAAGAAGCUGUACUGCCAGAUCGCCAAGACGUGCCCCAUCCAGAUCAAGGUGGCCGCCCCGCCGCCCCCGGGCUCGGCCGUGCGUGCCAUGCCCGUCUACAAGAAGGCGGAGCACGUGACCGAGGUCGUGAAGCGCUGUCCCAACCACGAGCUCGGCCGGGACUUCAACGAAGGACAGCCCGCCCCGGCCAGCCACCUCAUCCGCGUGGAGGGCAACAACCUCUCGCAGUACGUGGACGACCCCGUCACGGGCAGGCAGAGCGUCAUGGUGCCCUACGAGCCCCCACAGGUGGGGACGGAGUUCACCACCAUCCUCUACAACUUCAUGUGCAACAGCAGCUGCGUGGGGGGCAUGAACCGCCGGCCCAUCCUCAUCAUCAUCACCCUGGAGACCCGGGACGGGCAGGUGCUGGGCCGCCGGUCCUUCGAGGGCCGCAUCUGCGCCUGUCCCGGCCGAGACCGCAAGGCGGACGAGGACCACUACCGCGAGCAGCAGGCCCUGAACGAGAGCGCGGCCAAGAGCGGGGCCCCCAGCAAGCGCGCCUUCAAGCAGAGCCCCCCCGCCGUCCCCGCCCUGGGCACCGGCGUGAAGAAGCGGCGGCUCGGGGACGAGGACACGUACUACAUGCACGUGCGGGGCCGCGAGAACUUCGAGAUCCUGAUGAAGGUCAAGGAGAGCCUGGAGCUGAUGGAGCUGGUGCCUCCACAGCUGGUGGACUCCUACCGGCAGCAGCAGCAGCAGCAGCUCCUCCAGAGGCCGGGCCACCUGCAGCCGCCGUCCUACGGGCCGGUCCUCUCGCCCAUGAACAAGGUGCACGGGGGCGUCAACAAGCUGCCCUCUGUCAACCAGCUGGUGGGCCAGCCGCCCCCGCACAGCUCGGCGGCCGGGCCCAACCUGGGGCCUAUGGGCCCGGGGAUACUGCCCAACCACGGCCACGCCCUGCCGGCCAACGGAGAGAUCAACGGCAGCCACGGCUCCCAGCCCCUGGUCCCGGGGUCCCACUGCACCCCACCUCCCCCCUACCACGCCGACCCCAGCCUGGUCAGUUUUUUAACAGGACUGGGGUGUCCGAACUGCAUCGAGCACUUCACCUCCCAGGGGCUGCAGAGCGUCUACCACCUGCAGAACCUGACCAUGGAGGAUCUCGGGGCCCUGAAGAUCCCGGACCAGUACCGGAUGACCAUCUGGAGGGGCCUGCAGGACCUGAAGCAGGGCCACGACUGCGGCGCUCAGCAGCUGAUCCGCUCCAGCAGCAACGCCGCCACCAUCUCCAUCGGCAGCUCCGGGGAGCUGCAGCGGCAGCGCGUGAUGGAGGCCGUGCACUUCCGCGUGCGCCACACCAUCACCAUCCCCAACCGCGGCGUCCCGGGCGGCGCGGCGGGCGCGGGCCCGGACGAGUGGGCGGACUUUGGCUUUGACCUCCCGGACUGCAAGUCCCGCAGACAGUCCAUCAAGGAGGAGUUCACGGAGGGGGAGGCCAACUGACCGCGGAGGGCGCACGAGAGCGCGGGGAGCCGCGCCUGCGCCCCUGCAGGCUGGGAGGACGCAGGGGGGUGCGGGGAGCCGCGCCUGCGCCCCUGCGGGUUGCAGCCAGAGAAGCCUGGCUUUACCUCUUCCUUUUUGUCAAAAACUGCCCCUGGGGCUGUGCCCCGGAAAGGUCAAGUCCAGCCUCCGCGGCCAGAGAGGCCGUGCUGGGAGUCCGGAGCUUGCGCGCAGAGCGUGCGCGGAGGGCCAGCGUCGCCGGACCCGCCGGCCGGCCCUUCUCCUCCCUGUCUCCUCUUCCUCCCUCCGGGACCCUGCUGCUCAGGCGAGAGCCUUGGGAAUAACAGGACGGCCUCUGCUGAGGGACUGCCAAAUAGUGUUCUUCGAUGUCUUCUCAUCUGGGUAGCGACGGGCAGCUUGGGGACUGUGUCCGGAACGUGUAUUCCCGGGGCCGUGCCCCAGACAGGCUCUGUCCACGGCUGGGCCCUCGGCUGGUCUGGAGGGCCAGCCCGUCCCUCACACACUUGAUAACCAGUCCCACCCCCAGGGCAGCUGCCCGCAGCCUCCUGGAGAAGACUGGGAGGAGGGCGUUGCCAAAUACUCGGCCCCUCCUUGCGGGCUUCUGGGCGGUGCCUAGCCGCUAAGGCCCCUGCCGGCAUCGCUGGCCACUCACCGCUGCUUGGCGACCCUCUCAGUACACAUGCGCAGUGAGG